GUUGUUAGGCCAGUUUAGUGGUUUCACAGAAUCAAAACAGGCAGGAAGAUCUUCAAAUACUCUGUACAAGAAUUUCCUGUGAAUGUUUUAAGUAAAAAUGGCACCACACGAAAGACCCACUAGUUCAUCUCAAUACUCCAAAAAGGAAAUUGAAACAACUGGUGUUCUGUUUGAAGAGGAUGUUGAAACCAACGAUGGUGGCUUAGCUAAGGAUAUAGAAUCCAUGAAGAAUGCCGAAAAAAAGAAAUUGGAGAUUAUAUGGCUAAGAGUAUUAUUUUUUGUUAUCGUACAUAUUGGAGGAUUUUAUGGAGCCUAUCUUUCAGUGGUCUCAGCUAAAUGGCAGACUAACAUAUUUGCUUUAUUAUUAGGAAUUUUUGCAUCUCUGGGCAUCACAGUUGGAUCUCAUCGCUUAUAUUCUCAUCGCGCAUUUAAAGUAAAUCUGCCCUUGGAAUUGCUCAUACUUUACAUGCAGACAAUGUGUUUUCACCUCUCCGUAUAUCAUUGGGUGCGUGAUCAUCGAGUCCAUCAUAAAUAUACAGAAACCGAAGCUGAUCCCCACAAUGCAAAACGGGGUUUCUUUUUUUCGCAAAUUGGUUGGUUGUUAGUCAAAAAACAACAAGAGGUCAAAGAAAAGGCCAAAGGCAUUGAUUACUCGGAUGUGCUCAAUAAUCCUCUUGUCAUGUUUCAACACAGACAUUAUUUUAUUUUGACCCUUUUUGCCUGUUACAUCAUACCCACGAUAGUGCCAAUUUACUUUUGGAAUGAAACGUUUUUGAAUGCGUUCUUUGUGUCUGUAAUGUUGCGUCAUGUUUGCACCGUCCAUGGCAUAGGCACCAUCAACAGUGUUGCUCAUCUCUACGGAAAUAGGCCAUACGACAAGAAUUAUAAUCCAACUGAAAAUAAUAUUGUAAAUAUUUUGGCUGUGGGCGAAGGCUUUCAUAAUUAUCAUCACGUAUUCCCCUGGGAUUAUAAGGCAAGCGAGUUGGGACACUAUGCCUUGAACUUGGGUGCGACAUUCAUUGAUUUCUUUGCGAAAAUCGGUUGGGCUUAUGAUUUGAAGACAGUUUCACCGCAAAUGAUUAGAAAUCGAGUAGAGCGCACAGGUGAUGGUAGCCAUCCCAUAUGGGGAUGGGGUGAUAAGGACCAAAGCAGUGAGGAAAUUAAAAAUGCCACAAUAUUAAAUAAGAAAGUUAAAUAAAGUAUUAAAACGCCAAAUUAAAAAAAAAACACAACAUUAA